UUCUGUGUUUUCUCAGAUGCAAAGAAAUUGAAAAUUGCAACCUUUGUAGACCAGAAUGCUCUAUUUUGUAAAUGCUCUAUAUAUAAUUUCUUGUAUUAAUUAUAUUCCCUAAUCAACACAAAAUGGCAAUUCUUCCUACCAUCCUUGUUAUUACUAAGUUGCUAUUAUUCUUCUCCAAAUUUUCAUUUGCAACCGAUACAAUUACACAAUCACUUCCUGAUGGAAGCACCUUGGUUUCUAAGGGUGGAGUAUUUGAGUUAGGUUUCUUCAAUCCAGGUAGUUCCACGAACCGCUAUGUUGGAAUUUGGUACAAAAAUAUCCCGGUUAGAAGAGUUGUUUGGGUUGCCAAUCGUGACAAUCCAAUCAAAGACACUUCUAGCAAGUUGAUCAUAAGUCAAGAUAGAAAUCUUGUACUUCUCGAUAAAAAUCAAUCCCUACUAUGGUCAACAAACGCGACAAUAGAAAAGGUUUCAAGUCCUAUUGCGCAACUCUUGGACGAUGGAAAUUUAGUACUGAAAAAUGGUGGUGAAGAACAUUUUUUGUGGCAAAGUUUUGAUUAUCCUUGUGAUACAAUAUUAUCAGGAAUGAAGGCUGGAUGGGACAAAAGAAAGGAUCUUAAUAGGAGUCUCGUUGCGUGGAAAAAUUGGGAUGAUCCAUCUUCGAGUGACUUUACUUCAGCUAUGGUACUGACUCCUAAUCCUGAAAGCUUUAUUUGGAAAGGCUUAACAAAACUCUACAGAACAGGACCAUGGACUGGUCCUCGAUCUAGCGGAGUAAUUGGAUUAACCGAAAACCCACUAUAUGAUUAUGAGUUUGUCAACAAUCAAGAUGAGGUAUAUUAUUUGUUUACACUCAAGAAUAGUUCUGUGGUUUCUUUUGUUGUUUUGAACCGAACACUUUCUGUUCGUCUACGCCUCAUUUGGAUUUCAGAAUCCAAAACAUGGAAUGUUUACCAAACUUUACCACAAGAUAGUUGUGAUGUGUAUAAUGUUUGUAGGGAAAAUGGGCUAUGCAUGAUUAAUGCAUCGCCCAUGUGUCGGUGUUUAGAUGGGUUUAUACCGAAAUCGCCACAACAGUGGAGUGCAAUGGACUGGACACAAGGAUGUGUGCGUAAUAGUAAUUGGAGUUGUGGGAUCAAAGACAGAGACGGGUUUAAGAAAAUUACUGGAAUGAAAUUACCAGAUACUAUGCAUUCUUGGAUUGAUGAGAAAAUGACACUUGAUGAUUGCAAGACUAAAUGUUUGAAAAAUUGUUCUUGCACUGCUUACUCAAGUUUAGACACAAGUGGAGCAGGUAGCGGUUGUUCUAUCUGGUUUGGUGAUCUUGUCGAUCUGAGGGUUUCACAAAGUGGACAAGAUCUAUAUGUCCGAACGGACGUAUCAGACAUCGGUGAUAAAAAUGCGAAUACUAAAACCAUUGUAUUGGCGGUAUCAAUCACAUCUUCACUAGUCCUUUUGAUAUUAUUGGCAGUAACCUACAUUUAUAUAACAAAGACAAAGUAUAAAGAGGGAAUAGAGAAAACUACAAGUUCAGAAGAGAAAUAUGAGGACUCACAUGAAGAUUUUGAGCUUCCUAUCUUCGAUCAAGAUACAAUACUCAACGCAACAAAAAACUUCUCUUUUGAUAACAAGCUCGGUGAAGGUGGUUUUGGACCGGUAUACAAGGGUACAUUGCUUGAUGGACAAGAAAUUGCUGUCAAAAGGCUUUCAAGGAGUUCUGGACAAGGACUUAAAGAGUUUAAGAAUGAAGUUAUAUUAUGUACUAAACUUCAACACCGAAAUCUUGUUAAGGUUGUUGGUUGUUGUAUUGAAGGAGAUGAGAAAAUGUUGAUUUAUGAAUACAUGUCCAACAAAAGUCUCGAUACAUUUCUUUUUGAUCCAUUUCAAAGUAAAUUGUUGGAUUGGUCUGCACGCUUUAACAUUCUAUUUGGAAUUGCUCGGGGGCUUCUUUAUCUUCAUCAAGAUUCAAGAUUACGAAUCAUACACAGAGAUCUGAAAGUGAGUAAUAUUUUAUUGGACGAUGAUAUGAAUCCCAAAAUUUCAGAUUUUGGCAUGGCUAGAAUGUGUGGAGGUGAUCAAAUUGAGGGGAGAACAAACAGAAUCGUUGGCACAUACGGCUAUAUGGCACCUGAAUAUGCCACUGAUGGAUUAUUUUCUAUCAAAUCAGAUGUAUUUAGCUUUGGCGUAUUAUUAUUAGAAAUUAUCAGUGGAAAGAAAAAUAGAGCACUUAGCUACCAUGAAGAAGAUCAUAAUCUUAUUGGAUAUGCAUGGAGAUUGUGGAAAGAGGGCAUUCCACUCAAAUUGAUCGAUGACUAUUUAAGGCAUUCAUGUAUUGAAUCUGAAGCAUUACGUUGCAUUCAAAUUGGUCUACUAUGCCUACAAAAUCAUGCUGAUGAUAGACCAAACAUGACAUCAGUGGUUGUGAUGUUGAGUAGCGAAAAUGGUUUACCUAAACCAAAGGAACCAGGUUUAUUAAUUAAAAAGCUCUCAACUGAAGGAGAAGCUUCUUCUGGAAGACAAACAUCUUCUUCAACAAAUGAAGUAACUAUCUCAUUAUUAGAUGCUAGAUAGAUAAAUUUGUUCAUUUAUAACAUUAUACUUGAAGUUAUAUGUAGUUUUUACUUUAAUUCAUUAAAUGUUACUUGUCAUAUUACUUAUCAUA